GCCUCAAUUAUUGCUCUGUUUUAAAGUCUUCGCCCCUUAAUUACUCGCCACACCACGCAUUGUUCUUCGUAACCUGAUCAAUCAUCGGCUUUAUUUCCAACCUUAUCGAUUUAAUCACUUAAUUAUCUCCAAUCUUAAAUAGAUCUCUACCUGUCCUAUCCAGUUUUCGACACAUGGAUUAUCGUUCGCGAUCACUCAGCCGACCAGUUCAUCCAUUUCAACACAAUUGAAAAAUGAAGAACUUGGUUGGUGACCUAAUGGAGAUCGCAAUCCCAAACCAAUUUAAAGCGCGAUCACUCUUGUGCUCUCGCUGCAUGGUCAAUGGCGUCUCUGUUCUCUUCCCUUGCAUUGCUCUUCUUCUUGUUUCUUUCUGGAGUUUGCUGUUUGGAAUAUCGCAUACCGGUUGGCUCCGAGCUUUCCGCCGGCGGCAAUGAAUCGUGGGUUUCUGAGAAUGAGAUCUUCGCGUUUGGGUUCGCGCAGGAUUCAGCAAGCGUUCGCGAACAAUUUCUGUUGGCGAUUUGGUAUUAUGGCCUUCCGGAUCAUCCGACCAUCGUUUGGUCGCCGAAUAGAGGUUUUCCGGCGCGAAGAGACGCGGUGGUGCGACUGGAAAACUCCGGCGAACUCGUGCUCAGAGACGGUAACGCCGUUCUGUGGACUUCCAACACUUCCCAGUUGAAUCCCAGCUUCGGCGUAAUGUCGGACUCCGGUGACUUCGUACUCUGCGCCGCCGCCGCCGGCGGCGGCAACGCCACGGGCCGGACGGCCGCCGCCGUGUGGCAUAGCUUCUCCUACCCCUCUGAUACUCUCCUCCCCGGGCAACAACUGACGGUGGACCUCGCGCUCACCUCCGCCACGUCCUCCUCCGGCCACUAUGCCCUCCAAAUGCUUCAGCAGAGAACCUCCCUCAGCCUUGCCCUUGCCUACGUCUCGCCGACGUCCAACUCCAACUACUCCUACUGGUCUAGCCCACAGAUAUCAAACGCCACCGGCGAGGUCGUCGCCGUCUUGGACUCGUCCGGGAACUUCGGCGUUAGCUACGGCGCUUCCUCCGCUGGCACGAUGUAUAUCCACAAGAACGACACGCAGUCCACGUUUCUGCGCAGGAUCACGCUGGGAAACGACGGGAAUCUGCGGCUCUACCGCUUGGAAGCGAACAAGAACUGGUCGGUGGAGUGGACCGCCGUGUCGAACCCAUGCACCGCCGCCGGAAUUUGUGGCAGUGGCAUCUGCAACCUUGACUCCAGCAACAACACCUUCAGCUGCACGCCGCUGAAGCCGGUGAACUGCAGCGGAAGAAACGGCGGGCAAAUCAAGAUGCAAACCAUGCCGCAAACCAAUUACUACUUCCCCGGCAAGUCCACGAUCUCGAAUUACAGCGGCGACGUCAACGGCACGGAGUGCUCCCGGCAUUGCUCCGACAACUGCGAGUGCGUGGCGGCGGUGUACGGGCCCUCGCCGGAGAACGCGAAGUCGUGGUGCUGGACGCUGCGCUGGGUGGACUUCGGCGGGAUGCAGGACCCGAGCACGACACUGUACGUGAAGGUCCUCGCCGGAAACGAGUCGGCGACGGGCGAAUCGAGUUCAGGCUCACCGAGCGCCAGCGUGCUGCUGCCGUUGCUGAUCUGCUUCGGCGCUCUAGUUGCGCUCCUGAGCGCGCUGCUUUUCUACAGCGCGCGAAGGAAGAGGAAGCAGAAGGCGAUGCGACGAUGCGUGUCGCUGCCGGGAGCUCCGGCGUGCUUUAGCUACCAUGAACUGCAGAUUGCUACCUCAAACUUCUCCCAAUUGAUCGGAACAGGAGGAUUUGGCAGCGUGUACAAGGGAACGCUGAGAGACGGGACGAUGGUGGCAGUCAAGAAACUAGACAAGCUGCUGCCUCAAGGAGAAAGGGAGUUCAUAGCAGAGGUCACCACCAUCGGCUCCAUGCACCACAUGAACUUGGUCAGCCUCUGUGGAUUCUGCUCAGAGCAAUCGCACAGGCUGUUAGUGUAUGAAUACAUGAGUAGAGGAUCACUGGACAAGUGGAUCUUUCGUUCAGGGGAAGACAGGGUUCUGGACUGGCGAACUCGCUUUAACAUAGCGACGGCGAUCGCUCAAGGGAUCGCCUACUUCCACGAGCAGUGCAGGAACAGGAUCAUUCACUGCGACAUCAAGCCGGAGAACAUUCUGCUGGACGAGGACUUCUGCCCCAAAGUCUCCGACUUUGGCCUGGCGAAGCUGAUGAGCAGGCAGCACUCGCAGGUGGUGACCAUGGUGAGGGGCACGAGGGGUUACUUGGCGCCGGAGUGGGUCAGCAACCGCCCGGUCACCGUCAAGGUCGACGUCUACAGCUACGGGAUGCUGCUGCUGGAGAUCGUCGGAGGACGAAGGAACCUCGAUUCUUCCUUGGACGAGAAGGAGUUCUUCUACCCUGCAUGGGCUUUCAAGGAGAUGGUGAAUGGAACGGCGAGCAAUGCCGUCGACAGGAGGCUGAAGAGGAACGUGGAGGAAGAGGAGGCGGUGAGGGCUCUCCAUGUGGCGUUUUGGUGCAUCCAAGAAGAGGCAGUGGUGAGGCCUUCCAUGGGGGAGGUGGUGCGGAUGUUGGAAGGCUCAGUGUCCAUCAACGAGCCGCCGAUGCCUCAGGCAGUGCAGGAGUUUCAAGAGGAAGGUCUGCACAGUGUUUACAGAACGAUGAAGGGGAGAUACUUCUUCGAUUUGCCUUCGUCUUCCUCGGCCAUGGCCAGCUAUAGAUCAUCGAAAGCUACUUGUAGCCACUCUACUAUGUCGCCUAGAUAGCAAAAUAUGAUCGAUUACAGUUAUUGUAGAUGGAUGAUCAUUGAAAAUCAGAAAGAAAUGACUCUCGUUCA